AUGACUUCGGCGGUUCAGUCACACAUUCGGAUCUUCCCAUCAGCCAAAGCGAGCCCAAGUCCUUACACCGAAGUCGAUGAUGAGAGGAGCUCCCUAAACAUUUCGAUUCCUUCAGCGGCAGAGCUAGAACGCACAGUCCAAUCAACCCUCGAACCCGAAUGGAACACCAGAUUCAAGCUCAGUACCGCCGUCAUCGCUGUCAUGAGUUGCUACCGUAUGGCGCUUAAGGCAGUAAUUGAGUCGUGUAUCAGCCAGGGUGCUUGGAUCUGGGUAUCAGGAUUCCGCAAAGGAAAGGUGGAAGCCAAGCUGGAAGACUUCAAGAUGUUCGAUGAAGCCGCGACAGGACUGCAUUUAGCGUGCGUUGGAGCCGCCAUCAUGAUCCUCGCCCAGGGAUUCGAGACAUUUUCAUCGGCGAUGAUUAGUUUCGAUGAAGAGAAUGCGCCAUUGUUGAAUGGGAGCAAUGCCAAUGCUUCAUUAGCCCCGCCACCCCCCAGGGCCGAGACGUGGCAUCACGGCUUUUCGAGGAGCGCGGCUAGUGAUUUGUCCUUGAGCCUUUCCACAAAGGCCGCGAUUUAUGAGGGAAUCAUAUCUAGCGCCAUACCAACGGCCCCGGUGUCUUGUUCGGGGACAGCUUGCAUAUGGCCGCCUUUUCCUACGUUAGGUGUAUGCGGGAAUUGCACCGAAUCCGCCAUUAAGUUAUCUUGCGAUACGAAGAAUGACUGUAAUUUUACCAUGCCAUCGGGUACCUCAAUACUCAAGCAAAGUUCUGCCAGUCCCGACCUAGAUUUUAUCGUUGCGCCCUCCAACGGCAUCAUGGGCAUUUUCAACUCAGAUCCAAAAGCAUUGUUUUCAAUAUUCGAUAUUAUGUCCAUAUCGCAAAACUCUUCAGGAAUCGAAGCCCAAGCCCACGAAUGCGCCCUAUGGUUCUGCCUUCAAAACCUCAACAUUUCAGUUGGAAACGGCAUUCAACAAAGCGAUAUGUUAACAAAUUGGUCCAAGACUGAAUUAUCCACAAAAUUUGAUGCAAAUUCUGGUGAAUUUACGUUUGUGGAUAUCCCGCCAGAGCUUCAUGUUCGGAAUCAGACUCGCUACUCCGUUCCUGAGGAUUCAAUCCACGCAUUAAAGAAUUUUAUGAACUCGCUGAUGUCGGGUAGCGCAUUGGAGACUGCUGGAGUAGUGAAGUAUUCAUCCGAUUGGAUCGAAGCCGUACGGAACGCGACGCCGGACCUAGAUGACUGGGUAGCAAGACUUGCACUCAGUAUAACCAAUCAUAUUCGGCAAACCGGAGACUCCGAUGAGGAACAAACACUUGAAUACGUUGGGACACCGUACGUCAUGGCCUCCCACGUUCGGGUUAACUGGCUUUGGAUUAUCUAUCCGUUGACAUUAAUGGUCUUGGCCUUUUGUUAUCUCGCACAGACAGUGUAG